AUGUUCAACUGGUGCAACACGCUGAGGAGACCGGAGCAGCUGGAGCAGGCCGGGGGCCAGCGGUCAGCAUCGCCCUCGCUCGCACAGCCUGCCGGCAGCUCCCAGAGCCCACGGGAGAUGCGCGGCCGGGGCCAGCCCGCAGCAGCGGCGGCAGAGGGGCCGCGGAGGACGCUGCAGGUGGACGCCAGGAGCCAGGGCUCGGGCAGGUCUCCCUCGGUGUCACCGGAGCGGGGCAGCACCCCCACCUCGCCCUACUCCGUCCCGCAGAUCGCCCCCCUCCCCAGCAGCACCCUCUGCCCCAUCUGCAAGACCACAGAGCUCACCUCCUCCCCCGGGCAGCCUAACUUCAAUGCCUGCACUCAGUGUCACAGCAAGGUCUGCAACCAGUGUGGCUUCAACCCCAACCCGCACCUCACCCAGGUGAAGGAAUGGCUGUGCUUGAACUGCCAGAUGCAGCGGGCGCUGGGGAUGGACAUGACCACCGCUCCUCGCUCCAAGAGCCAGCAGCAGCUGCACUCCCCCUCCCCGUCCCCCUCCCAGUCCCCAGCCAAGCACCCACAGCCCCCCGCUGCAGAUAAGACCCCGCCAGCCCCCCGCCCCCUGCCACAGGAGCAACCCAAACCUCAGCCCGCAACGCCGCAGAGGGAACCGCACGGCCAAGGACAGCCAAAACCUCAGGAGGCCGCCAGGUCCUCCCCGCAGCAUCAGGCCAGGGCCUCCCCGCAGCAUCAGCAAGCCAAGCCUUCCCCCUCUGAGCAGAGAAAGACGCAGGGAGAUGCGGGAGCAAAGCCUGCUGCCCCGGCCCCCGGGGCUGGAGCACCAGAGCAGCCCCAGGAGGGGCUCACAGGGAAGCUCUUUGGCUUCGGGGCAUCCCUCCUGACCCAGGCCAGCACACUCAUGUCUGUCCAGCCAGAGGCCCCUGCUCCGAGCCAGCCGUCUCCUGGCAAAGUGCCUCCAAAAAUUGUCUUCAGCGACGCCAGCAAAGAGGCUGGGCCCAAAGCCCCCGGGGCGCAGGGCCGGGCUGGUGCCGCGGCGGCGGCGAAGCCGGGCAAGGCCGAGCAGGGUGUCAAGCCAAAGGAAGUGCCGAAAGCAAGGGUCUCGUGCCCCCUCUGCAAGGCUGAGAUCAACGUGGGCUCCGCUGAGCCCCCCAACUACAACACCUGCACCACCUGCCGGCAGCAGGUCUGCAACAUGUGCGGCUUCAACCCCACGCCUCACCUCGUGGAGAAGAACGAAUGGCUGUGCUUGAACUGCCAAACUCAGCGGCUGCUCGAAGGGAGCCUCGGCGACCCUGCCCCAAUGCCACUGCCUACCCCGAAGCCUCCAUCCAGCGGCUCCCCGCGGCACCAGCCGCCCGCCGCCGGCCAGCAGAGAGCGCCCACGCCGGCACCCGUGCCCGCCGAGGCAGCGCCCCCCGAGCAGCAGCCCUCGCCCGCCAGGAGCCUCCGCGCUGCUGAGCAGGGCAGGACCCCGAGCCCUGCCCCAGCGGAGAAGAAACCCCCACCGCCAGCAGAAAAGAAGCCCCCGGUGCCGGCAGAGGAAAAGCCCCUGCCCAAAGCUGCCCCGGAGCCUUCCAGAGCUCCUGAGAGCGUUGCUCCAAAGGGGAAGAGCAUGACCCCCAAACAAGAGGUGGAGAGAAAAGAGAGCCAGGCACUCCCCGAGGCGCCGCGGGCAAAGGAGCAGGAGGACGGCAGCAAGCCUUACCCCCCAGACCUGUCCCGCAGCCCCCAGAGCCUCAGCGACACCGGCUACUCCUCCGAUGGCAUCUCCAGCUCCCAGAGCGAGAUCACCGGCCUGGUGCAGCAGGAAGAGGAGAAGCUGAGCAGCACCGGGCUGGCUGGGCAGAGCCCCCCCAGCCCCUCUGAGCUCACCAAGCUGGAGAGCAGCAUGCGGCCUCUCCUGGAAGGCCGGGGCGCACCCACACAGUCCCCUGAGCGCAGCAAGAGCCGCACAGAGCAGCAGGAAGACCAGCGGCAACAGCAGCGGCCACGGUACCUCUCCAUCACCCCUGAAGCCUUUGACUCCGAUGAGGAGCUGGAAGACAUCCUGGAGGAGGAUGAGGAGUGGGAUAACCAGCGUGAGCGGCGGGAGAGUGCAGAGUCCUCAGAUGAGUUUGGCAGCAAGCUGCGGCAUGACUAUGUGGAGGACAGCAGCGAGGGGGGCUUCUCCCCAGUGCCCCCCCGGAGCAAGGGCCAGGAGGCAGAGGUGACAGAUGAGGAGUUCAUGCGGAGACAGAUCCUGGAGAUGAGUGCUGAGGAGGACAACCUUGAGGAGGAGGAGGAAGGCUAUGGGCGCACCAAGUACAGCAUCCCCAAAGCUGGGCAGAAGAGCGAGGCAGAGAAGGGCAAAGAGCCAGCGUCGGCCAAGCGGCGCCUGCCACACGGUGCCAGCAGCAUGUACACAGGAGAGGAGAGCAAAGAGGUGGAGGCAGUGGAGGGGGAUGACUUGAGCACGGCUCAGGGUGGGCUGCGGCGAUUCAAGACCAUCGAGCUGAACAGCACAACUGGCUAUGGCCGGGAGAUGGAGAUUGGCCAGGAGCCAGACACCAGUGUGGACCGGGAGCCCGAGCUGGAGAUGGAGAGCCUGACAGGCUCCCCUGAGGAGCGCUCACGGGGCGAGUACUCCUCCACCCUGCCAGCCACAACGCCCAGCUACACCUCAGGCACCUCACCCACCUCUAUCUCCUCGCUGGAGGAGGAUAGCGACAGCAGCCCCAGCCGCCGGCAGCGCCUGGAGGAGGUGAAGCAGCAGAGGAAGGCUCGGCAUCGCUCACAUGGCCCCUUGCUGCCCACCAUUGAGGAUUCAUCUGAGGAGGAGGAGAUGCGGGAGGAAGAGGAGCUGCUGCGGGAGCAGGAGAAGAUGCGGGAGGUGGAGCAGCAGCGCAUCCGGAGCACAGCGCGCAAGACCAAGCGUGACAAGGAGGAGCUGAGGGCCCAGCGGAGGAGGGAGCGCUCCAAAACCCCCCCCAGCAAUCUCUCCCCCAUCGAGGACGCCUCCCCCACAGAGGAGCUGCGACAGGCGGCAGAGAUGGAGGAGCUGCACCGCUCCUCCUGCUCCGAGUACUCGCCUUCCAUUGACUCAGAAGCAGAGAGCUUUGAUGCUGUGACCUCCAAGCUGUACAAGUCUGGCAGCGAAUACAACCUGCCCACUUUCAUGUCACUGUACUCCCCGACAGAGAAGGUGGAGAGUGCUGCCAGCCAGCCCAUCAGCAAGCCCCUGAAAAGCGCCGAGGAAGCCUAUGAGGAGAUGAUGCGGAAGGCAGAGAUGAUGCAGAAGCAGCAGGUCCAGCAGGCCCAGCCUGCCUCUUCCUACAGCAGCACCUUCCAGCAGGUUGGCUACCGCAGUACUGAGGGCCAGAACGGCUUUGACUACCAAUAUGGUGAGGAAUACCAGUACGACGGCGGCCUCACGCGCCCCUCCCAGCCCGACUAUUCCAGUGCCCUGCCAAAGGCAGGAGCGGUGUACGAGGAGAUCCUGCAGACCUCGAAGAGCAUCUCCAGGAUGCACCAGUCCUCUUCCUUUGAUCUGGGUGAGAAGGUGAAGGGGCAGGAGGAGGCGUACCAGGAGAAGCAUUUCCUUAAUGCAGAGAGCGCCUACGCUGACCUGCUGAAGCAGAAUGGUGGCCCUCUCACCCCUGGCACAAGCCCCACACAGCUCUCUGCUCCUGUCUCCUUCGCCAGCUCCGACAGCAGCACUGGCAAGACUAUUCCUGAUGUCCGGGUCACUCAGCAUUUUGCAAAAGAGGGACAAGACCUAGGCAAGCUCCAGAGUGCCCCAGCAGCACCCAGCCCAGUAUCCAAGGUUACUACCACUCCUUAUGCUUACAGCAAAGGCACCAGCACAGUGACAACAGCAGCAGGCAGCCCUGGGAGUGCACUGCAGAGCUACAGCUCACCAAGUCCGGAGGCCCCAUCCAUAGCUGGGAGAAGCUACACUCCAUCAAAGAGCACUGUCAGCUAUGGCUCACAGACCGAGGAUACCACCAGAACCAGGACAGUGGAGAUUAGCGUGCAGACAGCCAGGGAGAAGAUCCCAGCCGUGAGUGACAGCAAGCCCACACUGCCCAAGACAUACACCUUCUUCAAGAGCUCCAGCCCUCCGCUCUCACCCACCUCACCCACGCAGAGUCCCACCCGCACUACAAAGGCCACAGCAGAGUUUUCCACACAGACACAGAGCCCAGUGCUCUCCUAUGAUGGUCCUUCUGCUGCUGCAGCUGGCCCGGACACCUCUUCCCCCAUGGUGGCGCAGGGAACACAGACGCCGCACCGGGCGGGCUCGCCGCGCCUGACUCGGCAGGCGUCCUCACAGGACUCCCCCUUCAUGGUGAUCACACUGGCGGCUGAUGCAGCCAGCCAAACCAAGCCAGUCAGCUCUGGCGCCCUGACAUCUCCCACUUCGUCCCCCACCAGGCCAAGCCGGCAGCUGCUGGCACAUGGUUACACCCAGACACCGGAGCCAGAGCAGCCGACAGGUGCCUACAUCAGGGCACAGCCAGUGAAGGACCACGCCCAGAAAGCACCAGCCGUGACUUCAGCCCCUGAUGGCAUCACAGGACUCUACAGCUGGGGAGCACUCCCUGCAGAAAACAUCUCCCUCUGCCGCAUCUCCUCCAUCCCCGGUACGUCCCGGGUGGAGCCAGGGCCCAAGGUACCAAGCAGCAAUGCUGUGGACUUACGGACCGCAUUGAAGUCUGCCCCCAUCAUCAUAACAGACCAAGGCAUGGAUCUCACAUCUUUGGCCACUGAGGCCAGGAAGUACUGCCUGACCCUGGACCACAUCCCCAACCGGCAGUCCACAGCCAUCCAGCCCUUGAUCAUCAACCUCAAUGCCCAGGAGCAGCCCCACGCCAUCAUCGCAGCAGCCAGCACUGCCAGCCUGGCCAUCGCCUCUCCCAUGAUUCUCUCGCAGUCCAAGCAACCCAUGGUCUAUGGAGACCCUUUCCAGAGCCGUGUGGAUUUUGGGCAGGGGACUGGGAGCCCAGUGUGCUUGGCGCAGGUGAAGCAGGUGGAGCAGGGUGUCCAGACAGCCACUGUCAGAGCCAGCGGGGUGGCCAGUGGCAAGCCCGAGCCUCCUGCUGCCCCCCAGACCAAAUUUGCAAGGUACGGCAUGCCAGGCCAGAUGGUGAAGAAGGACGUGCUCCUCACACAGACCGGUGGGGCACAGAAUGCCAGUGGCCUCCCACAGGCCUUCCCACCAGAGCCAGGAUCGGAGGUGUACAGGGCAGUGCCAGUAGAGCUGAAGAGCCAGAGCCCUCUCCUUGCCCUGGGUGGCAAGAAAUCCCAGGUGAUGAUGGUGCAGAUGGAGGAGGCAGCGACUGGCCCGGUGACCAAAGUGCUGAAAGAGGAGGGGCCAGCCAAUGUCCUGGACCUCACGGGUGUGAAGCCAGAGAGCCAGGUGGCCUGCUGUGACAUGGUCUACAAGUUCCCCUUUGGUGGCAGCUGCACGGGUGCUUUCAACCCCACCUCCAAGAUGCCAGAGAAGAAAACAGGGGAGGCAGCAGUGAUGCCUGGUCGGAAAGCUGGUGGACCAAUGUAUGGCAGCAGAGAGCCAGAGCUGCCAGAGACCUUCCCUUACCGGGAGCAGCCAGCCCCGGCACCUGCGCUCUACGAGGAGCAGAAGUUUUACCCAGCCAGCGCCUUUGGACGACUCUACUCCUCCAUGUCGGACACGAACCUCUCUGAAAUCGGGAUGAGCUACUACCACACAAAGGGGGAUCAGCCCUUCCCUGCCCCAGCAGGUGAUGCGGCCGUGGACCUCAGCACCAUGAAGCACUCCUACAGUGUGGGCUUUGCCGAAGGGGGUUACCUGGGCCAGGGGCCACAGUACGGCUCUUUUUCUGACCUCCGCCAACCAGGAGAGCUGCUGAGCCACCCCUUCCCCAUGCGGAGGUACAGCUCAGCCUCCAACCUCUACUCUGACUACCGUUUCUCACACCGAGGGGACCUGGCCAGCUUCCAGGAGUCCAGCCUGGCCCACUACAGUGCCACCACGGCACGUGAGAUCAGCCGCAUGUGUGCUGCCCUCAACUCCAUGGACCAGUACGGGGGCCGGCAUGCCAACGGCCCUGAUGUGCUGCCUUAUGGCCCCAGCACUGGGCAGGGGGCCACAGGGGGGCUGGCAGCUCAGCAGCAGGGCCCUGUACCCCCCAAACCCGGUGGGAUGUACAACCCCACCUUCCCUGAGGGACGGCAGGGCUUCAGCAACCUGGCACAGUACAACGUUCCUGGUGUCCGCCUGGGCGCCAUCCGGCAAAUGCUUCCUUCCACCGCAACCGUGCGGGCCGCCGAUGGCAUGAUCUACUCCACCAUCAACACCCCCAUCGCCUCCACCCUGCCCAUCACCACCGUGCGCCGCCGACGCUCCAGGGCCUCACGGCACACUGAGGCCAGCACCGAGGGCAAGACAGACGGGGCAACCCGCACAGCCAGCGUGGGUAUCCAGACCAUCAGCGACUGCUCAGUGCAGACAGAGCCUGACCAGCUCCUCCGCGUCUCCCCCUCCAUCCACAUCACCACCCAUGACCCCCGAGUGGAGAUCGUGAAGUACAUCUCAGCCCCAGAGAAGACACAGCGGGGUGAGAGCCUGGCCUGCCAGACAGAGCCAGAGCCAGCUCCCCAACCUGGUGUUGUGGUCCCCCAGCUGACGGUGCCCACCACCAUCCCACCCUACUCGACCAGCCUCCAAAUAGUGAGCACAGGCCCCCUGGACCCCCACGCUGUCCGGCAGCAAACCCUGGGCAAGUUUGAGAAGAAGAAGCCAGAUCCCCUGGAAAUUGGCUACCAAUCCCAUCUGCCAGCUGAAUCCCUCUCCCAGCUAGUGACACGCCAGCCACCCCGCUCUCCCCAGGUCCUCUACUCACCCGUCUCCCCGUUGUCCCCUCAUCGUCUCCUGGAGUCCUCCUUUGCCACCAGCGAGCGGCUGAACAAGGCCCACGUGCCCCCACAGAAGCACUUCACCACCGACUUAGCCCAGCGCCAGCAGACGCUGCCGCGCCCCAUCAAGACCAUGCAGCGCUCCCUGUCCGACCCCAAGCCCAUCAGCCCCACCUCCGAGGAGGCCGGCAAGGACAGGUUCUCCCUCUACCAACACCCGCUGCUCCCCAGCUCACAGGUGGGGGGGCUGCAGUCAAGCUCGCUGGCACGCAAGGUGAAGCGGACGCUGCCCAGCCCACCACCUGAGGAGCCCCACGUCCCCUUGGCGAGCCCAGCUGCCUCCCAGCUCUACCUGAGCAGCCUGGCUCCCAAGGCCACCGCGCCUGUCACUAAGGCCAGCCUACUGAAGGAGCUGGACCGCGACCUGAGGCUGGUGGAGCAUGAGGCCACCAAGCUGCGGAAGAAGCAGGCGGAGCUGGACGAGGAGGAGAAGGAGAUCGAUGCAAAGCUGAAGUACCUGGAGCUGGGCAUCACCCAGCGCAAGGAGUCGCUGCUGAAGGAUCGGGUUGGUGGGCGGGACCACCCCUACCUGCGCUACCCCGGGGACCCGGCAGACAUAGCUGGCGGGCACCAGAAGCCGCGGCAGACUUCCCUGGCUGACCUAGAACAGAAGAUCCCCACCAACUAUGAGGUCAUCGGUGCGGCCACCAGCUCCUCGGCCGUGCCUGAUGUCACCUUCAGCAGUGCACCGGCGAGCAGUGGCUAUGAGCAGUACAAGGCACCUGAGAGCCGGCCGGCUGAGAGAACCAGCACGGCACCAGGCCCCUCAGCCAGCUACUCUUCCGAGUCCCUCUACACCAAUCUGGAGCAGAACAUCCCCCGUAACUAUGUGAUGAUCGAGGACAUCAGCGAGCUCACCAAGGAGAGUCCGGCAGUGGACGGGCAGAAAGCAGAGCCCGUGGGCACGAGCGCCGAUAGCCGCCACAGCAGGGAGAAGAGUGAUCUAGGGGACACCGAGGGCUCCAGCCGUCCCUGCUGCUACACCAAAGCUGAGGAGGAGUCUGAGGAGGACAUGUAUGAUCACCAUGGCCCCGACCAUCGUGGGAAGAACAGCUACUACCGAGGCACAGAAAGCAAUGGCAGGGUGUCAGGGAGCUCCACCAGUUCGAGCUACUACUAUGGGGACAGUGAGUACCGGCACUCCUCACGGAUGGACAAGCACAGCUCUGGCACACCACUACCGAAGCAUUCAUCCAAGAACCUGGCACCUGCUGUCAUCUCCUCCAAGCGCAGCAAGCACAGGAAGCAGGGCAUGGAGCAGAAGAUCUCCAAGUUCUCCCCCAUUGAAGAAGCCAAAGAUGUAGAGUCAGACCUGGCCUCCUACUCAACAACCACCUCAAUUGGCAGCAGCAAUGUGGCCUCCAGGGCCAAGAAGCUGCAGGAUGAGAUCACCUACGGCCUGAAGAAGAACGUCUAUGAGCAGCAAAAGUACUACGGUGUCUCCAGCCGGGAUCUGGUGGAUGAGGAGGAGCGGGUCUACUCUUCCAGUAGCAGAACUCGCUCCUCUGGCUAUGGGGUGGAAAAGUCCUCCAGCCGAGAGAUGGGCGGCCGGAGCAAGUCCUAUGAGCGGGAGAGCAUGGAGCGCUCCCAGAAAGUCAGCUCCAAGCCCUCAUCCCUCAGCAUGAGCCAGAGCCGUGGGCGGGCGCCCAUGCGCUCGCAGCACUCAGAAGAGGAGAGCCCUGUCAGCCCCAUGGGGAGGUCAAUGGGGGGGUCACGCACUGCAGGAGGGCCGGGCCCCCAGUCAGCAGGGGACCCCUGCUCCCAGUUCUGCUCCAGCCACUCGUUGCCUGAUGUGCAAAAGCACAUCAAAGACGUGCCAAGGAGUCACUCGUACAAGCACGAGGAGGGCUACGGCAUGGAUGAUGCCCAUUGCGUUGUCUCAGACAGCGAAGCCUAUCAUUUGGGUCAGGAGGAAACAGACUGGUUUGAUAAGCCCAGGGAGGCGCGGGCAGAGAGGGUCAGGCACUACGGUGGCCACUCUUCCUCACAGAAGAGACCCCCAGUUAAGCACACCUACCACGAUUAUGACGAGCCCCCCGAUGAAGACCCGUGGCAGCACGACGACUACCCCCAACACCGUGAGCACCGGCACCACAGGGACUACGAUCGCCACGCUGGCUCCUCCCGGCACGCCAAUGCACAGCCGGGCGGGCACCCAGCACCGGCGACAAAAGUGGAGCCGACAGACACGUCCAAACCUGCAGCAAAAGUGCCACAGCAGCCGGGGAGAGCACCAUCAGCACAGCCCCUGGGAGCAGCAGCAGACAGCAAGGCCGGUCCAAGGGCGGCUGGGCCACGUGGUCCCGCGGGCAUGGCCACAGGGCAGCCCGGCGGGGAAGGAGAGAGUGUCUUCUCCAAAAUCCUGCCAGGGGGGGCAGCGGAACAAGCAGGCAAACUAACUGAAGCGGUGUCAGCUUUCGGCAAGAAGUUCACUUCGUUCUGGUGAGAGAACGGCACAAGGAGUUUGGGAAGUGAGUGGAGAUUUGAGUCGUUGCAGUGGAAAAACCUAUGAAGAAGCCAAUGAAUUCAGCACGCGGCGCCAGACUCUGAGUAUAACGGUGAGUGUGCAGGGCACACCGGCACACA